AAGAUAAAAGAUGCUGAAAAGAUGAUAGCUUCUCUGGAUGAGAAAGGAGAAACCGUCCAAUUAUCGGAAGAAGAUGCAAACAAGAGGAAAGACUGCUUCUUAGAUCUGUGGGAGAACUUGAAAAUCAAGGAGAGAAUGUGGCAGCAGAAAUCAAGGAAGAUGUGGUUAAGAGAUGGGGAUGCUAACACAAGAUUUUUCCAUAAUUGUGUGAAGGGCAGAUGGAGAAGAAAUGAGAUUAAUAGCAUCCAGGUGAAUGGGAAACAGAUUCGGGAGGUGGGGGAGUUAAAAGAAGGAGUGGCAAGGUAUUUUCAAGAUUUGUUCACAGAAAGUAACUGGCUGAGACCAAAGCUGGAUGGCAUCAACUUCAAACAACUAUCCCAUGCAGACAAUGAAUCCCUUAUGGCUGAGUUUUCUGAGGAUGAAAUCAAGAAUGCAGUGUGGGAUUGUGAGCCAACAAAAUCCCCAGGGCCUGAUGGGUUUAAUUUCAAGUUUAUAAAGGCUAUGUGGGAGGUCAUCAAACAAGAUAUUAUUGGCUAUAUCCAGGAAUUCCACGAGCGAGGCAAGAUAGAAAAAGGAGCAAAUGCAUCUUUCAUAGUCUUAAUCCCGAAGAUUGAGAAUCCCCAAAGAAUUGAAGAUUAUAGGCCAAUCUCGCUCAUUGGAGUUAUGUAUAAGAUCUUGGCAAAGCUGCUAGCUAACCGACUGAGGAAAGUUCUGGAUAAGAUCAUCGGGGAGCAGCAAAUGGCAUUCAUUAAAGGUAGACAGCUGCUGGAUGGGGUGAUCAUCGCUAAUGAGGUGAUUGAGGAGGCAAAGAGAAAGAAGAAAAACAGCUUUCUACUCAAGGUUGACUUCGAAAAAGCAUAUGACAAUGUAUGCUGGGAUUUUAUUGACUACAUGCUGUUGAGAAUGGGAUUUACUGCCACAUGGAGAAAAUGGAUGAAGGAAUGUCUACAGUCAAGCACAGUUUCAAUCCUCAUUAAUGGAAGCCCCACAAGGCAGUUCCCGGUUAGUAAAGGGAUAAGGCAAGGAGAUCCACUAUCGCCCUUCUUGUUUCUAAUAGUAGCGGAGGGAUUGAAUGGCUUAAUGUUAUCUGCGGUGGGUAAAAAUCUCUACAAGGGGGUGAGGAUUGGAAACGAAGAAGUGUCGGUAUCACACCUCCAGUUUGCAGACGACACGAUAUUUUUUGGCGAAGCAUCAAAGGAAAACAUUCAAGUUAUCAAAUGCAUUUUGAGGACCUUUGAGUUAGCUUCGGGACUUAAGAUUAACUAUGGUAAAAGUCAGCUAAUGGGUAUCGGGGUUGAGGAAGAUUGGAAAAAGAGAAUGGCCUACACUCUCCACUGCAAAGAAGGCGAGCUCCCUGUUAAGUAUCUAGGAGUUCAAAUUGGAGGGAAUCAUAGAAAGCUAACAAUGUGGCAGCCACUGGUGAACUCCUUCAAAAAGAAGCUAGCAAGUUGGAAGGGCCGAGACUUAUCAAUGGGGGGUCGAAUCGCGCUGAUAAACUCUGUAUUGUCCAGCUUACCGGUGUUCCAAAUGUCAGCCUACCUAUUACCCAAAGGUAUUCUUUACUCCUUAGAUAAAAUUCGGAGAAACUUUUUAUGGGGAGGGGAGGGAGAGGGGAAGAAAAUUACUUGGGUUAGUUGGGAGAGGGUAUGUAGAUCAAAGGAGGAGGGAGGUUUAGGAGUAAAAGACUUGAAGAAAUUUAAUGUGGCAUUGAUGGGAAAAUGGUUGAGUAGGUUGGCAAAUAUGGAAGAGGGCUUGUGGAAGAGUGUCAUUGUAGGAAAAUACGGAGCAGAAGGGGGACACUGGCUGGAUUGGGUGCGUGAUGGCAGGAACAUAGGAUCGCUAUGGUGGAGAGAUGUCCGAAGACUCAAGGCCGGGGAGGGAGUGAACGCGAGAUGGUUGUGGGAGGAUUUUAGGCUGAAGAUAGGGGAAGGGAGAGGUAUUAAAUUCUGGUGGGAUUCAUGGUGCGGGGAGGAGUGUUUAGCCAACAAAUUUCCUAGGUUGUAUUUACUGUCAACAGGGAAAGGAAAAGAAUGUCAUGAAAUGGGUAAAGUGGAGAGGGCCACAUGGAAAUGGAAUUUAACAUGGAGAAGGAAAUUGUUUGAAUGGGAAGAAGAAGCAGCUCGAGAACUAAAAGGGAUGAUUGAAGAAGUGAAGAUCACACCAGGCUACCCAAAUAGAUGGGAAUGGAGUCUCAGCAAGGAAGGCCAAUAUUCAACAAAAAUAGCUUAUCAAAGGCUUUCAAUGCUAAGGAAGAACCCAGAGGAAGAAAAAAUCUUUAAAAGGGUGUGGAAUCCCAUCGUCCUUAGUAAAGUGGCUGUGUUUAAUUGGAAAUCAUUGCUGGACAGAAUCCCAACCAAGUUAAAUUUGAUCAAAAAGGGAGUUAUCAAAGAUAUGGCUGAAGGGAAUUGUGUCUUAUGCGAGGAAGAGACCGAAGAUGCUGACCACCUGUUCUUAGAAUGCAGAGUAGCUAGAAGAUUGUGGAUAGCAUGUGCAAACUGGUGGGGAACAAACUUUACACUUCACAGAGAUUGCUGGACAACCUUUCAACAUUUUGGGACAUGGACUACAAAACCACACAUUUCAAAAGGGUGGGACUGCAUCUGGAACACAGUUUUGUGGACUAUAUGGAUGGCACGAAAUGGGAAGGUUUUCCAUGAUUCAAAGCCCCCAAAGAUAAAUUCCUAGCUCCGCCAUUGCAUUUAUGCGACUCAAACUCAUUUUUUCCUAUUUUUAUUGUAAGGAGAUUACCAAGGUCAUUGGUGAGUUUUUUUUUUUUUAAUUAUAUAUAAUUCUUAUUGAGUAGUUUUAUUUAAUCAAGAAAUUUUCAAUUA